AUGUUAAUCAAGCUCAGACAUUUCAAGCCUUUCCAACAAUGUGGAUUUGCUUCUCAUUUGAAAACUCAUUGUUUUCAGUAUUCAUCUACACCAAAACCACCUAAUUAUUUUACCCCUAAUCAAGGCUGUCAGGACUCCAAACUCAACCCUGGUAUCUACAAAUACUUGGGUCUCAUCUCACUCUUUGCUGGAGGGGGUAUAUAUUAUCUCUUAUCAGAAGAGAGAUACAAUGAUACAACCUUAUUCAGUGGUUUGCCAGCUAAGAUCAGGACUAUUCCUUCUAUGGCAGUUGAAUUCACUUAUACUCUUGAUUCAGCUGAUGGACCCAUCAAAAAAAAUUUCUCCCAUGUUCUGCUUAGUGAAGAAGAGGUACAAAACAAGUUGAAAAAUGGGGAGAAUAAGGUAUAUGUCAACAGAGAGGGCAAUAAUGUGAAGAGUUGGGACAUCAACAGUCUACCUUCUUCUGAUACUGGUGAAGAUAGAUAUUCAACAGAUAUCAUCAGUAAAUCAGAUCUAGAAAAGCUCCUUACUAGUGAUGGGUACUUUUGGAAAAAUUGGUGGAAUACCAGAACCAAGUUUUACCUGAAUAAACAAGGUGAAGAGAUUGUAGAAGGAGAUGGAAAGAGAGAUGUGAUGAUGUUCAGUGUGUUUGAUGGACAUGGUGGACCAUAUAUUUCUGACUUACUCAGCAGAACUCUCCAUGGUUGUCUUGCUUGGAAUAUUGCCAAACUCUUAAAUCGGGGGCACAAUGAUGGGAGAGCUUGGGAGAAUGAGGCUAUUGGUGGAAGAUAUGAGUCAGGAUUGAAGCUCAGUGAUGAGUGGACACCUGCCAGUAGCAGUGAAGAUGGGCCACAAUCAUUUGCUCAAAUGAUGGCUGCAAGCUUUUUAACUGUUGAUGCCAACCUUAUUCAAAGCACCUGGUCAACCCUGUUCAGCCCUGUUGCAGACAAUUUACCAGGUCUUCCACCUCACUCACCUACUCAACUUGGCUUAGCAAAUCUGUUUGACAAUGGCUCUUGUGCUAUCACUGCUAUUGUGGAUAUAGAAUCUGACAAGUUAUAUGUGGCUAAUGUGGGAGACACAAGGGCUAUAGCUGGAUGGUGGAAUUCUGAAAAAGGGGAAUGGAGGUGUGAUAUCUUGACUGAAGAUGCUACUUGUGAGAAUGAGCAAGAAGCUGAAAGAAUUAGGAAUGAGCAUCCUGAAGAUGAGAGGCAUACAGCAAUCCAUAAUCAAGGAUAUGGUGAUACUAACAGAGUCCUGGGUGGAUUACAACCUUCAAGAGCUUUUGGAGAUGAUGCAUAUAAAAUUGGUUAUGAUGAUUUCCAAGACAUUCAAAGAGCUCUGUUCCAAAGAGAGCCUCAUAGAAGAUGGAGAUGGUUUGAAGAAUGUCCCAGCAAGACACCUCCCUAUGUCACUGCUAAACCAGAGAUUGCUAUCAGAGACAUACACCCUAGAUCUAGAGAAGAGCUGAAAUUUGUGGUUUUGGCUACUGACGGCUUGUGGGAUAGGAUCACCUCAGAAGAAGCUUCUUACUUGGUUACAUCUCAUUUGAUGCAUGAGACCCACCCUGAUCAAUCAAAAGUACAAGUCAGGGCUGUUAAUAUGAGUCAACCUACCUUGUGGCGUUGGACUCUAUAUUCUACUUGGUUUAAUAUCAGCUUCUAA